CCCACUGGACCCCACCACCACCGCUUCCCGAUAUAACCCACCAAACUUCCCAUUACCCCCUCUAAAAGAAAUUCCAAUAGCCAAAGGGCUCUUUAAACCAACGGCGGGCGAGGUCCUCCGACCUCCGCCGCUUCAUCCAGUAUCUGGGGCUGUCCCCAUGUCCCUCCCCUACCCCCGCCCGCCGCCACCACCUCGAGAAGAACAAAUAGAAUAUCAACCACCCAUACGAAAACAGCAGCAGCAACAACUACUAGGGCCGUCUCCACUUUACAAACAACAUUCAUGGUCACCUGAUAUUUACAGGGACGAGGCGUGGCUAAGGAGGAAAGGAAGCUAUAAGAAAAAGAAAUGCAAAAGCGUUACUGAUGAAGAUCUCGAUGAGCUUAAAGGUUGUAUUGAGUUAGGUUUUGGGUUUGACUCUCCAGAAAUGGAUCAACGUUUGUCUGAUACUUUUCCUGCUUUGGAACUUUAUUAUGCUGUCAACAAGAACUACCAUGACCAUUCCGUCUCCAAGCCUUUCACUGAGACGUCGUCUUCGUCCAUGGCGUCUGAUUGUGAUUCACUCUCUCCCCUAGGUAGCCCUCACAACAUUUUUGGUCCAGGUGACAAUCCACAGACGGUGAAGACAAGGCUAAAGCAGUGGGCACAGGUGGUUGCUUGUUCGGUGCGGCAGAGUUCAAGUUCAAGCUGAUGUGUAUCGGAAUCCAACUAGAAUUAACCAAACAUCCCAACUUGUUUGAUAUGAUAGUGAUUCCCAUGCAUGUAUCCACGCCAGCUUUCUUUGUUCGGUUAGAGAUACUAUAAAAAGAAAGCAAUCAGAAAAACCCCACCACUGUAAGAAUUUAUGAAAACCAGCUUGGGCCUGGAUUGACUUUUUCUUCA